UACCCAAGCCUGUCUAUAAAAAGAGAGAGACAGGUGCACCUUUCUGUUUCGCAGAAUUAGCCACCUACUUCACCCCAGGCAAACUUCUCUCUAAGGAACAUUAGUGAUCAAUCUCCCGGCCAGAGAAUUGGCUGCACCACAGACCCCAGCGCCGAUCUACUGUUUACUGCUUCGCCAUCACCAUGGAGGCUUCUCUUGCCACCUGCAUCCUCGCUGCUCUCCUGGCUAUGGGGGCCUGUCUGCAGUGUGAGGUUUGCGACGGACCAGGAACCAGCUGCACGGGCAACCUACAGACCUGCCUUGAUGGGCAAGACUCCUGUGGUGUCGCUCUGACAGAAAUGACAUGGGUGGGAAUGAAUACCCAAACCGUUCUCAAGGGCUGUGUGGCAUCCAGCCAAUGUAGAUCCGGCCCCGUCUCUGUGAAUUUCGGGAAUGGAAUGGAAAUAAGGACACGCUUCACUUGCUGCGUGGGAGACGCCUGUAGAACAACCACAGUUACAGGUCACCCCUCCUGGACAGGCUCUGCGGCCCCUGGCACAACGGAUGCGCCUCCGGGACCCGGGGUCCCCAACGUGACAGACGCGCCUCCGGGACCCUGGGCCCCCAACGUUACGGACACGCCUCUGGGACCCGGGGCCCCCAGUACAACGGACGUGCCUCCGGGACCCUGGGUCCCCAAUGUGACGGACGCGCCUCCGGGACCCUGGGCCCCCAACAUGACGGACACGCCUCUGGGACCCGGGGCCCCCAGUACAACGGACGUGCCUCCGGGACCCUGGGCCCCCAACAUGACGGACGUGCCUCCGGGACCUUGGGCCUCCAACAUGACGGACGUGCCACCGGGACCCCGGGACCCCAACGCGACAGACGUGCCUCCGGGACCCGGGGCCCCCAACACGACGGACGUGCCUCUGGGAUCCGGGGCCCCCAACGUGACGGACGCGCCUCUGGGAUCCGGGGCCCCCAAUGCGACGGACGUGCCUCUGGGACCUUGGGCCUCCAACAUGACGGAUGCGCCUCCGGGACCCGUGGCCUCCAAUGCGACGAACGCGCCUUCGGGACCCGGGGCCCCCAACGCCACGGUGGCACCUCCGGGACCUGGGGCCCCCAACGUGACAGAUGCGCCUCCAGGACCCGGGGCCCCCAACGCGACAGGCGUGCCUCUGGAAACCGUGGCCUCCAAUGCUCCGAGCGUGGCUCCAGCAGCCACGACCUCCCGUACAGCGGGCAUGACUUCAACAACCACAACCUCCGGCGCUGCGGGCGUGGCUCCAGGACCAGCCGGGUUUCUCCUUGCAGCCUUUGCUGGCCUCUUCCUGAUGACACUUCGCUCUUAA